CUUCCACCGUCACCAUUGCCGCCUCUCUUGCUUCAUCUCUCCUUCUCUCCUUUAACGAUACCCAAUUCUAUACAGUAAUACCAAAUCUAGCAAACAAUUGGCCAACAUGUCCGGUCUUCCUCCCGUCUACAUCGUCUCCGCUGCCAGAACACCCGUCGGGUCGUUCCUUGGCACUCUUUCGAGCCUCAGCGCCACCCAGCUAGGUUCCACUGCCAUCAAGGCUGCUGUUGAGCGUGUUCCCCAGAUCAAGCCCGAAGAUGUUGAAGAGGUCUUCUUCGGCAAUGUCUUGUCAGCCAAUCUCGGCCAAGCCCCCGCUCGCCAGUGCGCCAUUGGUGCCGGCCUCUCCAACACUGUCCCCUGCACCGGUGUCAACAAGGUGUGCGCCUCGGGUAUGAAGGCUAUCAUCCUCGGUGCUCAGACCAUCAUAACCGGCAAUGCCUCAAUCGUUGUCGCCGGUGGCGCCGAGUCCAUGUCCAACACCCCUCACUACCUCCCCGUCCUACGCAACGGCGCCAAGUUCGGCGACCAGAGCCUCGUGGACGGUAUGUUGAAGGAUGGUCUUACCGACGCCUAUAAGAAGGAGCACAUGGGUCUCGCUGCUGAGCUCUGCAGCGACGACCACAGCAUCUCGCGCGAGGAGCAAGAUGCUUACGCGAUUGCGACCUACCAGCGCGCCCAGAAGGCCACCGCCGACGGCAUUUUCACCAAGGAGAUCGUCCCUGUCGAGGUCAGCGGCGGCCGUGGCAAGCCCCCGGUUCAGAUCACUACCGACGAGGAGGUCAAGAACCUUAACAUUGACAAGCUGAAGACUGUUAAGCCUGUCUUCAAGCCCAAGGACGGCUCUGUCACGGCAGCCAACGCUGCUCCUCUCAAUGACGGUGCGGCCGCCGUUGUGCUCAUGUCCGAGGCUAAGGUCAAGGAGCUCGGAGUGACCCCAAUUGCCAAGAUUCUCGGCUGGGGUGACGCCGCUCGUGAGCCCGAACGCUUCACAACCGCUCCGGCCCUUGCCAUCCCCAAGGCUCUCAAGCACGCCGGUAUCACAGACAAGGACGUUGACUUUUACGAGAUCAAUGAGGCCUUUUCCGUCGUAGCCCUCGCCAACAUGAAGCUUCUCAACUUGAGUGCGGACAAGGUUAACGUCUUCGGUGGCUCCGUCGCCAUCGGCCACCCUCUCGGCUGCUCUGGUGCUCGUAUCGUCACCACCCUCACCACCGUCCUGCGCGAGAAGAAGGCCAAGAUUGGCUGCGCCGGUAUUUGCAAUGGUGGCGGUGGUGCCAGCGCCAUUGUCAUCGAGAGCUUAGAAUGAAUUCCCACCUCCCACCUCUUACCAUCCCUACUAUAAAUCCACCCUAUCCUAUCUAUCCACCGCGCACCUAUACCCCACCACAGCGUCAUUGUUUUGGCUAGAUAAAAAGAACAGAGAUCGGUGCAUACACCAGAGCAUGAAACUACACAGGUUGGUAUAGAAGGAUGUAAAAAACCUCGACCAACCAGUCAGAGUCU